AUGCACCCUCCCAAAGAAAAUAAAACAUUUAACUAGCAGUACACACCAAACUGAGCAUGUGCAGCUUGCCCUAAGGCUCUGUUCUAUCAGAAGAUGAGUUGGGGACAGUGGAAGAAGGGGAGGAUCAAAAAACACAGGAUCAAACAUCCCUUUUACACAUUGAAGAGGAUAAACCCCUUAAGUUCCACAGUGAGUAUAACAAGCGUGCUUUACUGCCAGGGGCGGACUGACAACUCAUGGGGCCCCUGGGCAAUAGGGGAUCAUGGGGCCCCUGUGUCCUUGCCCACACUCAAAAAAAGCCUA